AUGAUUGAGAAGGUUUGGGAGCUGCUGGACGAGUAUCGUGCGGAAUUCCGAGGAUUGAAAGAGACACUCAGAGAGCAAAAUGAGAUCAUCCGUGAGCAGCAAGAGAUAAUCCGAAAACAGAAAGAAGAAAUAGAAAAGCAAGGAACUAUCAACCGAGAGCUCAGCAUUCAUCUGGAAGACAUGAAGCAGCAGAUGAACGACCAACUUGAGCAGGUCCGAAAGCAACUCGAAGCCAUCGUCGCCGGCGCAGCGGUUACCCCGCCCAAAACGUUCGCUGAGGUCGCGCGAUCAUCGCCGUCGCCACAACAGAGCAUUGCCCUGUCGCUCCCGCCUGGUAAUACUGCAGAACCUACCGCGAACGAGUUUUUCUGCAUGAUUGAUACAUCCCGAGUAGAGGAACAGGACAGAGGCCGAGCACAGAUAGGCUCGAUUCGGCAAGCCAUUGAAAAUGAGGUCAGAACAAAGGAAGGUCAGGUGAACUGGAAGUGCGCAGCAGUUGUGAGGAACUCUCGAAACACAAAGCAAGUCAAGGUCAUUUGCAGAGAUGAAAUCGAGCUGCAACGAAUCAAGGAAGCCGCGCAGAAAACGGCGGUGACUGGAGCUCGAGUGAUGAGAGACCAGCUUUACCCAGUCAAAGUCGACAAUGUCAAUCGUACCGCGAUCCUCGACGGAGAAGGCAACAUCCUACAAGGUGCGGCUGAGGCUCUUCAAGACAUGGGCCAUAAAGCCUCCAGGUGCAGCAAGCCUCAGGUGUGCGGAAGGUGUGCCGGUGCGGGUCAUCACCACAGGGAGUGCCAUGCAAUGGACCCUAGAUGCGUCUUGUGCGGCGGACCGCACGAGUCGUUCAGCCGGAACUGCCGCGUGCGAAACAUCCACUCCAAUGCAUAA